UACGUAGAAACGUAUGGCUUCUAAGUAUAGUUAGUAUAUUGUGCGUGAAGGUUAGGAGCAGUUAAGUGAUCAAACGUGGGUUAGGUGAAAAUAACAGCUCCUGUCACAAUGUAGCAUAUAGUAAUGUUGUUGUGAUAUUAUAAUAGUAAACGUAUAUCGAUAUACGCGUAGAUUCAACAUCCGUGUGAUCCAUCACGGAAUACAUGGAUGUUGCGAACGGACAAAAGCCCCUUAGUGGGCAACCUUCUGCCACUGGUGGUUCAGGGAUGGAUAAAGGAAAAGAGUGGCAGAUGGAAUUACUUAUUGAAAAAUUACGUUCUAAAGCUUCUACAUUCAAAUCCUUGGUGGAAACUGCCAAAAAUUUACGGAUGGCUAUGCUGGAUAAAAGAUUUGCAAUAGAUAGUGCUGAAAAAAGUCAACUACAAAAAUGUUUGGAUACUUUGCAACAUUCCAUAAAAGUGACCUCUUUACAAUCCAUGGUAGAACGUUUGGAAAGUUUAACAAGACAAUUGGGCUUAAAGUUUAUGAUGUCUGGUCCACCAGGUACAGAGUUGUUUAUCUCAUCAGAUAUGUUCUUUUUGGAGGUUCUUUUGGAGCCAACAGGUGUAGUUAAAGAUGUUAAAAUUCAUCACGAAGGAAAGAAUGAACAGCAGAGCUGUGAUGUAUUGGUGUCUUGUUUGUCGCGGGGAGACUUUCUUGAUUUUACAGUACAAUUAGAAGGUUUAGCUUCAAUAUAUCAAUUAAAUGCUGAUAAGAAAGUAAAAUGUAAAGCAUUUAGUGCUUUACAGUCACUGGAGGCUGACCUGGGUAUUUUAGCUCAAUUGCAAACUUUUAUAAAAGAACCUUUUAAUCUUGUUCACAAAAGCCCAGUUGGAAUUCUUGAGCGAAGAAGAGGAGGUCACGCGAUGAAAUUAACAUAUUUUGUUUCUCCUUAUGAUUUAAUAGACCUGGAGAAUCUUACUUAUGAUGCAUUGAGUUCAGACAUAGUUAUAAAACGGAAGAUCGGUCAUUCCGUUACAGUUUGUAUAGAAGGUUCGACUGCUCACAAGUUGCCUACAUCUAGUAUCAUAACUGUAAAUAGAAGUCCUACAGGAAAAAGUACCCCGUCUUAUGCUCCGUUAACUGGUACAAAUUCGUCGGUAUUACCUGCAUGCUUUGUAUUGAAGCUAGCUAAAAAAAUGCCUAUGUGCAUGGAACUAGUACGUAGGAUACAAAAAGUAACGGAAUUGGAAUGCGGAGAUAUAUCUGCUCCUCAUCCGUUACUUAGUUUGAUCGUUCAGCAUGCCAGCAAAGGACAACUGGAUUGUCGGAAUAACAGAAGACUUUAUGUUACUUUGCCAGAUCAACAACAUUGUUACUUCAUGACGGAGAACAAAAAUAUGGAAGGUGUGUUAGUGUGUAGUAUUCCUUUCACUCAUCCGGCACACGUCCCACAAAUCUUGGUUUACUUGCGUCAGCAAGCGCUCUUUAAUACUUUAAUUGCUACUUGCGUUAGACCUAUAGCUCUGCAAGAUCCAGAACAUGCAACUAUAUUUGAAGUGAGUGCUUUAUCGUGGCAACACAUAUCGGUAAGUUUGGAGCAUCCUUUUGAGGAGACAAUGGCAACGGCGGAGCUAGAUUUGACGGAUAUCUCCGCGCUAAAGUGCAAAUUGUAUGGCAUAAGUAUAACUAAUACGGAACAAACGUCAGAUCUGACUGGAAAAGUAUUACAGAAGUGUUUAAGUAUACCUUUAACAAUGAGAAUUCUCAUGAAAUCGUGGGAGAGUCGCGAUUCUUUGAGUACGAUGAACAAUCUGAAUAGCGGAAAUGGAAACUAUAAUGUAAAUAUUGGUUCCGGCAAAGAUCAGAAUAGUCAGAAUAAUUCUGGAAUGCCUGACUUUACCAAUGGAGAAACGAAAAUCAAACAAGAACCUGGUUUAAAUAAUGGGAAUGGAACGAUGGGGAGGCAACAGUCAUCGCAACAGCAACAACAGCAGCAACAACAACAGCAGCAGCAGCAGUCUUUUUUAGAUGCCGGAACGGAGAAUAGUAUCGGUUUUCCGUCGUAUUCCGGCCAAUCCGAUACCACGACUACUGCUAUGUUGAAUCCAUUGCAAUUAGGAGCGUUACUUGGACAGGCAAAAAACUCCAUGUCCAAUCCAAUCAACGAACGCACAAAAAAAACGCGUAAGAGGAAAACUCCAGAUGGUAUUUGGCGAAGUCCCAAAAGAAAGGGAGACGAGAGUACUGAAAUAUUGUUGGAAAGUUCCAGUUCAGAUUCGACCCCACUCGGUACACCAACUGGUGGCAGAGAAAAUUUAAACGAAACGAGAACAUCCACGCCAACUUCAGCUACUAGUUUAGCCAGUGGUUUAGACUUUUCUAAUUUGGAUCCAACGGAUAUCUUAGGAACGGAUAAGAGCUCUGAUUAUGAUAUCGACAACGAGAGCGAGAUAACGGAAGUUCACGAAUUGCAAGAUGUCGAAGAGUUAAUUAAACGUGAUCGCAAAUCGAGAAAGAGAGAAGAGAAAAAGAGUCCGAUUAUAUUUGAGGAGAACAAAAGUUUGGUGCCUCCAUCAGUAAGUAUAACGCCAAUUUCAAGCAGUAGUUUGGGCCAGACUACGAACUAUAACUCUGUACUUACGGGGAUGGGUUUGGAAAGGAGGCCAGGCAUUGAAAUAAUACCGAUAGCGUCGUCUCCACAAACCACAUUACCAAGCUCUAUCACUAUUACCCCGAUAGCUGGCCCGACACAGUCAAAAAGUUUGACGGAUGAACGAAGAGAGCGCAAAAGUUCGAAAGGAAAGUCGACGGAGGAUAAGGGAAAGUUAGAAAAGAGACGUAAGCGUAAAAGAGAAGAUAGUCCUAUGGGACCACCGCCAGAUAAAAUACCAUCUAAGCAGGACCCAUUAUCGAAACCAGUCUCGGUGAGCAUUAAACCGACUGAAUCGCCACCAAAUUUGAGUUCACGACCAUCAUCACCGGCGACGACGUCACGAAAAUUUAGCCCCUCUCCGACACAUACCAGCCCACUUGCUCUCGUAGGUAAGUCCAGUCCUACGUUGAAACAGUCAACAAACAAGCCAGUACAAAGUCCAAAGCACUCUCCGGUCUAUAGCAGUAGCCCGAAACAUACGCCAGUACCUGCGAGUGUGAGCCCGAAACAUGGCACCUCGUCACCCAAGCACGGGAGUUCAGCAAGCACUGGCAAACCGAGCAUGUCUGCGCUGAAAUCCGCGGCGAAUUCACCUUCCAGCAAAACUGCCGAUUCUGGACAAUCAAAAAUAAAAUCUUCCUCUUCGUUGUCAAGCAAAGACUCCAAUCGCGAGAAGGAGAGAAAGACGUCAUCGUUAGCUUUCGGUGGAUCAAGCGGCCAUCAGAGUCCCAAAACCAAGUCCUCCAGUGGUAAGUUAAAGCAACUGGAAUUAAUUCCUAGCGGGGAAACGCAAUCUACAUUGCCGAGUAGCGGUGGUAGCACACCACCGUCCGGCAAUUCAGAACUUGGUAAGUCGGCUAUCGCUCAACAGCAGGCGAGGAACAGAAAGGGCUCGUUGAGCGCUGUUAUCGAUAAGCUGAAGAACGCUCAACAUUGCACGGACGACGGUGGGAACGGUGGAACGAAGUCGACGACCGGCGGAAGUGGCAACUCAAGUGGUCAGAAAGAGAGAAGCGUUGGAAGUUCAUCGAAUAAAACAGCAGAGGGGAAAUGUAUCAGCAAAAAUUCAUCCAUGGAUACGAAAAAUCCCGCAGAGUAUAUGGUAAAGCAUAGUUCCGAUGGAAUGAAGAUAACGAUUAACAAAACUCGCACAAAAGAUUCCAAGUCUGGUACAAACCUCAAAUUGUCUUCAUCCUCUGCGUCCGUCGCGACUGGAACGUCUUCCAGUUCGUCCACGUCGUCGGCAACUAUGUCUGGUAAUGGUUCUCCAAAAACUCAUACCGGUCUGAAGCCAGGAGUAAGCUCUGGUCCCGCGUCGAAGAAACCGCCGUCUCAAACAUCCCCAAAGUUGUCAGGUUCCUCUUCUUCCGGUUCUGGCAGUAGUAGCGGCAACAAAACGACUCUGCUAGGACAGAAGAUGUUAUCUGCCUUGAAGUCUAUCUCAGGAUCGAAUUCUGGAAGUGGUAAUGGUGCUGGUGGAAUCAGCGUUGGUAGCAGUAGUAGCAGUGGUCUGCUUUCCAAAAAUGUCAUGUCCUCCAAAUCUUCCUCGAGUUCUCCGAAGACAGCUAGCUCCGGUGUAACGGAUCUUAGUCGAAAUCGUGAUAAAUCGCGAUUGUCCAAGUCCGGCGAUAAAAGCAUAUUUCCUUCGAAAGGAAUUGGGGAUACCAGGAAGUCGAGUCCAUCGGGAUUGCGGGAGGAGAGCGAGAGCGAAAGAGCGUUCAAGAUAUUGGCUUCUCACGCUUCCAUGAACCUGUCGAAUCUACCACCGCAAUUGGUCGUGGAAGGUCUCAUAAAGCAACUGGACACUAAAUUUCAGAUACCUAAAUUAUCCGCUAGGGCUAACGCAGACUCCGGGGACAAGAAAUCGGAGAAGAUGUCGAUGCUUCCGGACAGUGGCAAAACGUUGGACAAUCUCACGACGAAGCAGACGUCAGAACAGGGGAAACUGCAAACGCUAUCGAACACGUCGAGCACCACUUCCAAGGCAACGUCGGAGGAUCAAUCGAGCCAGAGUAGAAGGGAUCAUGUACAAACGAAGCCUGACAAUCUCUCCAUGACAAGUUCAGCCUCGGUAAUAAAUCUCGGUACAGAUAGUGCAAGUAACCUUCUGCUUCCCGCUUUAUCUAGCAGUAGCUCGCACGAUAUGGACAUCCUUACGAAUCUCUCAGUGCAAUCAGCCGAGAACGAGUCCCGCGACAAAGAGUUGUCGAUGAGUAGGAGUAAUACGCAAUUUCUGAGUAGCAGCUUGAAUUCUACCGCCGUUGGCAAAGACGACUCCACUGCCAGUGGCCCAGUAAUGGCCGUUCUACCAAAAGGAUCCGAUGCUCAACCUACCAGUAAAUCCGUGUACCCUACUAUGAUGACAACAGGCACCAUAACUAGCGGAAACGGAACUGCCACCACAAGCUCAGGUAACGGAAGCGCGGAGAGUUUAAACUUGAGCAUUAAACCAGUAGACGCCACGAUGACAAAGUACAAAUCCGACGAGAAGAAGCAGCAACAGCCGCAGCAGUCGCAGCAGCAACAGCAGCCUCAACCACCUCAACAGCAGCAGCAGCAAUCUCAACAGCAGACAGCACAGCCACAGCAACAAUCGCAGCAACAGCAACCGCAACCACCGCAAGUUUCGUCUUCCGGAGGAUCUUCCUCUUCGUCUUCAUUGGGCACAACGGUGUCUUCGGAAGGUUCGUCGAGCACAAUGAAGACUGCUGGCACGGAGAUACCGACGACAACGUCUCAGGAGGCCGCCGAGAUGCUGCUGGACUUUUCCACGCCGAAAGACGUGGCCAAGAGUCUGAAUUUCACCAGCAUCCCCGAGAGGGCCAUGACCCAGGCGGCCUCGGUGCGCAGAAACACGCCACCACCUCCUCCGCCUGCCUUCCCAGCGAGUCCUUCCGUGAGUGUGCACAUCGUGAAAAGCCCUGCACCCUCGCCGAGGGUUAUCCCACCCUCGCCUCAUUCCGCCUCGCCGUGUAUCACCGACGACGAGCUGAUGGACGAAGCGCUGGUGGGAAUGGGCAAAUGAAGGUUACUGAAACUCUAGAUUUAAUUUUAGCUGCAACUGGCACAGGGUGUCCUGAAAGGCUGGCUGACUAGCUGCUGUUGAAUUAGCCGGCCCUGCUCCGCUGUGCUCCACGUUCGACCGUUCUUUCUCGAACUUGUAUCGUAGUGCACAGACUGGAAUUGUCCUCGAGUUUGUUGGCGAUCCUCCAGUUCGCGAAACAUUAGCAAAGGGAAUGAUUUAUCGGGUGAUUCUUGGGAAUUCGCGCGAAUUUUAUGGUAGCUUCUCGGUUCUCUGUGGUCCCUUGUUCCGCACCGAGUUUAGAGAUGUGAAAGGAAAAUUGUUUUGCAAUGAAGAG